CGCCCCUUUGUCACUUCCGCAUUGUCUCCAGCUCUCAGCAUGUAGCCGUCAGUCUGGUCAAUGAUCGGACCCGAUAAUGAACGAAGUCCGACUCGGGAGCAUCAUCGGAAAACAUGGCGGCCAAGGCGCUUCGGCAGCGGACCAGACGAGGCAGCAGACAAGAUGGAAACAACGUGAGUGUCCCCAGCGAUGCUCGGCUACCGAAAGAGGAGAAAGCCGCCGAUGACAGCAAAACUACAGAGACUCGGCAAGAGUCAGUAAGUCGUGGAGGGCAGGUAUGGGCUCCAGAAGGUUCGACUGCGUUUAAGUGCCUGCUCUCUGCACGUUUCUGCGCAGCUUUGCUCAGCAACAUCUCAGACUGCGAUGAGACCUUCAAUUACUGGGAGCCCAUGCAUUACCUGUUGUACGGCACAGGAAUGCAAACGUGGGAAUAUUCUCCAUUGUACGCCAUCAGGUCAUAUGCCUACUUAUGGUUACACGCUCUCCCUGCUUGUCUGCAUGCCCAUGUUCUGCAGACAAAUAAGGUUUUGGUGUUCUACUUUGUCCGAUGUGUCUUAGCAUUCUCCUGCUGUGUCUGUGAACUCUAUUUCUACAAGGCAGUGUGUAAGAAGUUUGGUUUACAUGUUGGUCGUCUGAUGUUGGCGUUUCUCGUCCUGAGCACGGGAAUGUUCUGCUCGUCUGCAGCCUUCCUGCCAUCCUCUUUCUGUAUGUACACAACACUGGUUGCCAUGACAGGAUGGUUUCAGGACUCAACUCCAUUAGCCAUCAUCGGUGUAGCUGCUGGAGCCAUUGUUGGAUGGCCGUUUUCUGCUCUGAUUGGAGUUCCCAUCGCCUUCGACCUGCUUGUGAUAAAGAAGCAGUGGAAAAGUUUCAUCAUCUGGUCAGCUGUUGCUUUGCUUCUGCUGCUGGUACCCCUGGUGGCAGUGGACUCUUUCUUUUAUGGCAAACUGGUCAUUGCUCCACUCAAUAUUCUGCUGUAUAAUGUCUUCACACCACAUGGACCUGAUUUGUAUGGUACAGAACCUUGGCAUUUCUACUUUGUAAAUGGGAUCCUGAACUUCAACCUGGUGUUUGCUCUGGCACUGUUUUCUCUGCCACUCACUGCCCUCAUGGAGACACUGUUACACAGGUUCAAUGUGCAGAACCUGGGCCGUCCAUACUGGCUGACUCUGUCUCCCAUGUAUAUAUGGAUGUUGGUUUUCUUCACCAGACCCCAUAAAGAGGAGCGUUUUCUCUUUCCCAUCUACCCUCUAAUCUGCCUUUGUGGAGCAGUAGCCCUCUCCUCGCUACAGAAAUGCUACCACUUCCUGUUUCAGCGGUAUCGACUGGAGCACUACACCAUCUCCUCAAACUGGUUGGCCCUAAGUGCAGUUGUGAUCUUCUCAGUGCUGUCACUGUCUCGCUCAGUCGCCCUCUUCAGAGGCUACCACGCCCCUCUGGACCUGUACCCAGAGUUCCACCGCAUCGCCAAGGACCCGACUCUUCACGCCAUCCCUGAAGGCAGACCUGUGACUGUGUGUGUGGGCAAAGAGUGGUACCGCUUUCCAAGCAGCUUUCUUUUACCACGCAACUGGCAGCUGCACUUCAUUCAGUCUGAAUUUAAAGGGCAACUGCCUCAACCUUAUGCAUCUGGUCCUCUGGCCACACAGACUGUCCCAGCUAAUAUGAACGACCAGAACCUGGAGGAGCCAACCAGAUAUGUGGAUUUACGGCAGUGCCACUUUUUAGUAGACCUUGACAUAGAUGAAGAGACGCCACUUGAGCCAAAUUAUUCUGCCAACAAAGAAGAGUGGAACGUCAUCGCCUAUAAGCCUUUCAUCCAAGCAUCAAGAUCAUCUCGUCUCUUAAGAGCGUUCUACAUCCCAUUUUUAUCAGACCAUCACACAACCUACAGACGCUACGUCAUAUUGAAACCACGGCGGCAAAAGCAAACUCGUAAAAGAACCCAUGGCUGACCUUUGAACCUUAAAGUGCACCAGGAAUCAAUCACUUCCCCUCAAAGCAGCUGGUAUUUGUGUGUGUGUGUGUGCGUGUGCGUGUGUGUGUUUGUGUCUUAAUGUGUAUAUGAUUGUUGGACAUGCGUGUAUGCAUGUGUUUUACUGUAUGAUGAAACGUUUCAAGAUAUCAGACCCUUUAAGGACUUUACGUCUGUUUCUGGACUUGUGUGUGCGCGUAUAUGUGUGUGUGUGUGUGUGGGAACAGAAAACUGUCCGUGUGUAGGUUGGCUUGGCAGGUAUCAGCUGGACCUGUGUGUCAAACAUUUUAUCUCAGUGUGUGAAUGUGAUUUUUUUGUCUGUGUGUAAAUGAGUGUUUUACUUUUGAUGCACAUUACAAGAUUCGAAAUGCAUUUAUCUGAGGACAGGCUCAUCCCAGAAAUACCAGUGUGGUCUUUUUCAUACUUGCCAUGAAAAUUUGGCCUGAACUGAAAAAAAACCAAAUCUGCAGUGAAUCAAAAAUCUUGUAGUGCUGUUUGCACUUGAACAGUGUGUUUUUGUGUGAUCUGUUGAGUGUGAGUGGUGGAAAUGAAUGAAAGUGAAGUUGUGUUGUUAAUUUAACUUGGAAUGUUAAUAAAACAUGAUUUAAUGCUGAAACAA